AGCGCGUCCACAUUCGCGUCACGUUUCCGCAGUUUUCAAAACGUUUUUGUUCAGCUUAGGUUAUUUACUACAGCCUUCAGGGUUCGAUAUUCUUUUCGUGCAAGAACUGGUGAAUCUGCAGCGACAGUUAUGGCUUUUGCAGCUGCGCUCGUCGACUUCACGAACAAGGAUGAACGCGAACAUCCUCAGUUGAUGGAACUACUAGGCAAACUUCGCACGAAAAUGAUCGUUGAUGGCACCAGUAUCGACGUGCAUAAGGAGUUGCACCAGGCGAGCUGUGAACGUGAGCAAGCGGUGAAAAAAUACUGCGAAGCCCUUGUCCUCAAAGAAGCGUGCAACAACAUAAUGGCUCAAGAUCAUGUGGUAGAAGGUGAAAACAGUGAAAAUGAAAAUGAAGAAAACGACACUCUGACGCAGGAGCAGGGAGCCUUUGAAAAGCAGUUCGAAAACUGGUAUGACCACAUCCGUCUUCGAGAUUGUGCCUCCCUGGGAAUUACAAAGUUUGAAAUUCCCAAUCUGCCUCCAGUAAAGGAAGAGUUUGUGAAGACGACAGUUAUUCCGCUGAUUGAAGCUGACCUUGAAAGGCAGAGCCAGGCAAUCAUAGAUGCUCUAGAUGCACUGUACAGCGUCGAUGAAGUGGAACAUGUCGUCAAUUCCAUGGUGGAAGAUAUGAAGUCCCUCCGACAACAGCUUCAGAUCUUGAGGCUGGAACAUGCACGGAUGCUCCUCUCCUUCAGACAGGUGUUGGAAGACCAUCUGAAGAGUAAUGUCGAGGCCCCAGUCUCCUCCGCAGCUCUCGAAUGUCUAGGAACUGAGGCAGAAUGUCUGAGGGAUGAGACUGUCUGCUUCUUAGCCAAAAUGAGUUUAACCUGUGAUGAACUGUAUGUUGACAUCUACUCCAAGGAGAAAGUGGAAGCUCUUGCACACAUAAGAAAGGAACUAAAAAAAAAGAUGAUAUUCUGUAAACAAAAUAUCAAAGAAAUGAAGGAGACCUUGGAGAAGUUUAAGCAGCUCAAGUCCUGGAUUUUCGAGAAAAUUGAGGAAUAUGGCAGCUUAAAGACGGAAGCCGAUCAUAUCAGGAGAGUCACGGCGGCGUACUACUCCUAAGUCAUAACUGGCUGUAUGUUUACUCUCUGUUAUUGCUGGUUUCUUUUUAUGUACAUGUUUUGCAAAGUAUUUUUAUACUCAUUCAACUGGAUAUAAACCCAUUUUGAAUAAUGUG